AGAUAUAAAUACAUUAUAUCUCUAGCUAUUAAAGUAUAGGAUUAUUGAUUGAUUCUCGAGAUUUCAAAUAAUUUUUGGUUAGUGGUUACUAAAUAAUAAUUUUUUAAACUCAUUUUAAAAAGCAUGAAUAAAAGAAAAUACCCUUAUGAUGUUCAUAUGUGUCCACAAUUAAAAAUUCAUGUUGGUGAUAAACAAAUUGCUAAUGGUGUAAUGGGAUCAGAAAAAAUGUCUGUAAUUUAUGAAAAAACUAAACAAAUUUUAUACAGUAAUGCAAAAACUAUAUAUGUUACAAAUCAGGAUACUAUAAAUCACAACAAAUUGCCUUGUGAUUUAAAGCCUUCCAAGCAACUUCAAUUAACUUUUGAUGGCAAGCUUAUUAAAUCUGAAAUUUUAAUUAAGGAUUCAAUAAAUGAAAAUGAAAAUCAGCAAAAGUGUUCAUUUUGUUCAAAGACAAACAGCUUAGAUACAUGUGGAAAAUGUUAUGAUGUUUAUUGUAAUAUGUGUACAUUUUCAUUAUGCAGUGAUGAGGUGAAUAAAAUUUGUUUGACUUGUUACAGAUAAUCAAAAACAUUUUAUUAAUAUAAUUUUUUAAAUGUGUUCAAGAGUUUUUCUAUGAAAUUUUAUGUAAUAAUUAUCUGAUGAACAUUAAAUUUUGGUUUUAAUGUA